AUGGGAGAAUUGCAAGACAUGUUCAAGAAGUUCAUGGGGCAACAGAUGCAAACCAAUCAGAAUCUUCAAAAUGCAGUGAACAAACUAGAAGUGCAAGUUGGGCAGAUUGCAUCCUCCAUGAGCAAUAGGGCAUCCGGAACAUUUCCAAGCCAAACAGAGGUGAAUCCAAGGCAUCAAGAGCAUGCUAAAGCAGUACACAUCUUGAGAAGUGGUAAACAAGUUGAUAACAAGGUUGGAGAUGUCAACGAAGAGCAAGAAGAUGGAGAAAACGUGGAGAUCAUUCAGCCACCACAUGGGCAGCCCACAGCUUCCAACAAACAGCCCCUCAAUGCUCCUGGAAAGAGCACAGGCCCUAAGGUAUCAUCUAAUGCUAAUCAAGUUCCAAUUUCAACUAAUGCUUUUAGGCCUAUUGCACCCUUUCCCAGCAGGUUAUCAAAGUCAAAGAAAGAUCAAGGCUUGGAUGAGAUAAUGGAAACAUUCAAGAAGGUGCAAAUCAACAUCCCAUUGCUCAAUGCCAUUGCUCAGAUUCCAAAGUAUGCAAAAUUUUUGAAGGAUCUAUGCACUAACAAGAGGAGAUUCAAAGAGCAUGAACAAGUUGCAUUGAGUGAAGAGGUAAGUGCAGUGUUACAAAGAAAGCUACCUCCAAAGCUAAAGGAUCCAGGUUCGUUUUCUAUACCUUGCAUAGUUGGUGAUUUUAAGUUUCAAAAAGCUUUGCUUGAUCUUGGUGCUUCUAUAAACCUUAUGCCAUAUCAUGUUUAUGAGAAACUUAACCUUGGUGAGUUGCAAGCCACAUCUGUGAGCAUUCAAUUGGCAGAUAGAACUAUUAGGUACCCUAAGGGCAUUCUAGAAGAUGUUUUGGUGAAAGUGGAAGAGCUAAUUUUGCCAGCAGAUUUCUUGGUGUUGGAAAUGGAAGAAGCACCAAUUCAUGACAAUCAGUUACCACUCAUUCUAGGUCGGCCAUUCAUGGCAACUGCCGGUGCUAUUAUUGAUGUGAAGAAGGGUACAUUGACCAUGAACGUGUUUGAUGAGACAAUAGCAUUCAAGGUGUUUGAAGCCUCCAAGUUUCCAAGUGAUGAGCAUGAAGUUUUCCAGCUUGAUGCAAUUGAUACUAUGGUGAAAGAAGCACUGCCAAUGAGUUAUUUGGAGCCCAUUGAAGCAUGCAUCACACAAAGCAUAAGGAAAGAAGAAGUGGACAGCUUAGAGGCUGUGAUCUCUCCUUUACUUCUUGAGCUUGUUUGCAGCAUGGAUAGCUACAUAGAAGUUGGAAAGAGGUAUGCAAAUCAAUUUGAAUCAUUACCCCCACCUACUAAUAAGGUUUUACCAUCUAUUGUGCAGGCACCAGAGUUGGAAUUAAAGGAAUUGCCAAAACACCUUAAAUAUGCUUAUUUAGGUGAAAAUGAGACUCUACCUGUUAUCAUUGCCUCACACCUCGAACCAAAUGAUGAGAAGAAGCUUUUGAGAGUUCUAAAAGAGCACAAAACUGCAAUUGGGUGGAGCAUUGCAGAUAUCAAAGGCAUAAGUCCAACACUAUGCAUGCACAAGAUAUUAUUGGAAGACAAUGCAAUGCCUAAGAGGGAUGCCCAAAGACGUCUCAAUCCGAACAUGAAGGAGGUGGUAAGAAAAGAGGUAAUGAAGCUUUUAGAUGUUGGUAUUAUUUACCCUAUUUCUGACAGUAAAUGGGUGAGCCCAGUGCAAGUUGUUCCCAAAAAGUCAGGUAUCACAGUGGUGAAGAAUGAAGCAAAUGAGCUUGUACCUACACGGGUGACCACGGGCUGGAGAGUUUGCAUCGAUUAUAGGAAGCUCAACACAGCAACAAGCAAGGAUCACUUCCCUCUUCCAUUCAUUGAUCAGAUGCUUGAGAGAUUGGCUGGCCAUAGCCACUAUUGCUUCCUUGAUGGAUAUUCAGGCUACAACCAAAUCGCCAUAGCCCCAGAGGAUCAGGAGAAGACAACCUUCACGUGUCCCUUUGGUACUUUCGCUUAUAGGAGGAUGCCUUUUGGUCUCUGUAAUGCCCCAGCCACUUUUCAAAGGUGCAUGAUGAGCAUUUUCUCCGACAUGGUAGAAAGGUUCAUUGAGGUAUUCAUGGAUGACUUCUCUGUCUUUGGUGAUUCUUUUGAUCAAUGCUUGCAUUACUUAUCCAAGGUGUUGGCUAGAUGUGAACAGACUAACCUUGUGCUUAAUUGGGAAAAAUGUCAUUUUAUGGUUAACCAAGGCAUAGUUCUUGGUCAUGUCAUCUCUAGUAAAGGAAUCGAGGUAGAUAAAGCUAAGAUUGAUUUGAUUGCCUCCAUGCCCUCACCUACUUCUGUCAAAGAAGUACGUUCUUUCCUUGGCCAUGCAGGUUUCUAUAGGCGUUUCAUUAAGGAAUUUUCUAAGAUUGCGAGGCCUUUGUGCAAUCUCCUUGCCAAGGACAUGGAUUUUGUCUUUGAUCAAAACUGUGAGAAUGCUUUCAAUGCUUUGAAGAAGAUGCUCACAACUGCCCCAAUCAUUAUACCACCAGAUUGGAGCUUGCCUUUUGAAUUGAUGUGUGACGCCUCUGAUUAUGCCGUUGGAGCUGUUUUGGGACAGCGAGUUGAUAAGAAGCCACAUGCCAUCUACUAUGCUAGUAGAACCCUCAACGAUGCCCAACUCAACUAUUCCACCACAGAGAAGGAGUUAUUAGCUGUCAUAUUUGCUUUAGAGAAGUUCAGAUCAUAUUUGAUUACUAACAAGGUUAUUGUUUACACUGAUCAUGCAGCAUUAAAAUACUUGUUAGCCAAGAAGGAUGCCAAGCCACGACUCAUUAGAUGGAUUCUCUUGUUGCAAGAGUUUGACUUGGAGAUAAAAGAUAAGAAAGGAAGUGAGAAUGUUGUGGCUGAUCAUUUGAGUAGAUUGGUGCAUGUGUCUAACGAAGAGGAGGAUUCAUUGCCAUUGCGUGAAAGCUUCCCUGAUGAGCAACUCUUCUCCAUUUGUGUUUUGAAUUCUCUCAAUCCAUUACCUUGGUUUGCUGAUAUUGUUAACUAUUUGUGCACUAAUGAACUCCCUACAGGGUUAUCUACGUUCCAACGUGACAAGCUUAGGAAGCAAGCAAGAUACUACUUUUGGGAUGAUCCAUAUCUAUUCAAGCAUUGCCCAGACCAAGUAAUUCGAAGGUGUGUGCCUGAAGGUGAUUUUAAGAGCAUUCUGGAGUUUUGUCACUCCCAUGCAUGUGGAGGACAUUUUGGAGCAAAGAAGACUGCCAACAAAGUGCUACAAUCAGGUUUCUUUUGGCCUACCCUUUUUAAGGAUGCGUAUGUUUUUUGUGCUUCAUGUGAUAGAUGCCAACGGAUGGGUAAUUUACAUGCUAGAAAUCAGAUGCCUCUCACCAAUAUCCUAAUCAUUGAAAUAUUUGAUGUUUGGGGAAUUGAUUUCAUGGGCCCUUUUCCUACCUCUUAUGGAUUUGAAUAUAUAUUAGUUGCUGUCGAUUAUGUUUCUAAAUGGGUAGAAGCCAUUGCCACUAGAACUAAUGAUGCUAAGGUUGUGAUCGGUUUUCUCAAAGGAAAUAUUUUUACAAGGUUUGGCACACCUAGAGCAAUCAUUAGUGAUGGUGGCUCCCACUUUGUUAACCAAGCUUUUGCAGCACUCUUGAAGAAAUAUGGAAUCACGCAUAAGGUGGCAACACCCUAUCAUCCCCAAACUAGUGGGCAGGUUGAGAUAAGCAAUAGGGAGAUUAAGCACAUACUUGAAAAGACGGUGAACACCACAAGGAAGGAUUGGUCCAUGCGUUUGGAUGAUGCAUUGUGGGCUUAUAGGACUGCUUAUAAGACACCUAUAGGUAUGUCUCCGUAUAGGCUUGUUUUCGGUAAACCUUGUCACUUACCAGUGGAGCUUGAGCACAGGGCUUAUUGGGCAAUCAAGGCCUUCAAUUUUGAUAUGAAAGCUGCUGGUGAGAAGAGGAGGCUUCAACUCAAUGAGUUGGAGGAGUUGCGACAUGAAGCGUAUGAGAAUGCUAAGCUUUACAAGGAGAAAACAAAGCAAUAUCAUGACAAGAAAAUUCUUAGGAAGACGUUUGAGAAAGGGCAGAAGGUUCUCCUAUUCAAUUCACGCCUUAAGCUCUUUCCAGGUAAGCUUCGUUCUCGGUGGAUUGGCCCUUUUGUUAUUACUAAUGUGUUUGAUCAUGGCGCAGUGGAGAUUCAAAAUAUUAAGGAUGGCAGCACCUUCAAGGUGAACGGACAUCGGUUGAAACCUUACUUUGAUGCCAACUUUGAUGCCAAUAUUGAGUCUCAAGCACUCAAGGAGCCUCUACCACUCUCUUGA